AUGAACACCACAAUCGACAACACGUCUGCUACUACUACAAGCGACAAUGGGGGCACCGAUGUCUAUACAUCCUCCUCGUCGAGUAAAGCUGCCGCUGCCAGUUCAUUUUACAGUGCUGGUAGUGUUCCCAGCGGCAGUGCAGCUGUCGGUGUCUCUUCAGCAGUCAGCGCCAUCGCAGGAGCCGCAGUUGGUGGUGUGGUAGGCCUAGUGAUAUUGUGUCUACUGGUCAAAUGGCUCGCAUUGCGUAGAAGAACCAAGAGCAAUGGGGCGUCUUGGCCAUAUCUGAAACCGGGAAAGUUGGAGAAUGGGGUGGAUCUGAACGAGAGUAGUGACGAGGUCAAUCCUUACACGACAAACGACACCUACGCCCACCACAGGGCCUCGGACGCAUACAUUGCGCUCUCUCCUCAUGCGCCGGCAAGCAGCGCCCCCAUUAACCCCUACUAUCCUCCGCCACUCAUGGCCGAGCGCGAAAUCGGUCGCGAUGGGCAACGACCACCAUUCAAAGGGCUCCCUCCGCCGCCUAUGAGUAGCGCUCCAAGCUACCAUUCGCGGAGCGUCUUGUCCCCAGUGCCCCCGAAUGGCGCCGCAGAGGCGUCUUCGUCCAUGCCCCCCGACGUGGAAGCCAGGCCAAACGGCCAAGGUCCCAGGCAGAGCUUCAUCGACCCCGCUCAAUCAUCGUCGAGAAGGAUGUUUGUGUCGGUAAGAGAGCAGGAUCUGGGUCCGAUAGAUGUCGAAUUUCAACAGCCGAAAGAUGUUGAGGUUUUGCCACCUGACUAUAGGCAGGCUACUGAGCAUUCGCAGAGACGGGGGACAUCGUAG